AAUAUUAUCCGCAUAAAGAAAGGAACACACGCCUCUCUCUGCUCAUCUCUAGUCUGCCAUGGAUCUAACGGCGGAUCAACUGAAGAACUACGACGGAUCAGAUGACAACAAGCCAAUCUACAUCUCGAUCCGCGGCGUCGUCUUCGACGUCAGCACAGGCAAAUCCUUCUACGGUCCCGGCGGCGCUUACACCGUCUUCUCCGGCCGUGAGGCCAGCCGUGCCCUCGCCAAAAUGAGCAAGAACGAGGAAGACGUAUCCGGCGACCUCGAUGGCCUCACAGAGAAGGAGAUGGGCGUUCUUGAGGACUGGGAGAAGAAGUUCCGAGCUAAGUAUCCCGUCAUCGGUCGCCUUGUUGUCUCCUGAAUCACUGUUGUAUGUAAUUAGCUGUGGGAUGCGAGAUGUUUUUCAUCUAUUCGCUAAUUUGGAGAUAAACAUGGCUUGAUAUAUUGUCUACUUGUCUCUUGAAUCCCGUUUCGGUCUUUGUGCUGAUUUGGGAAAAUUAGUAUUAAGUGGUAUGUGGAUGAAUUCGAUGCAUUCUGGUGUGUUUAUUAUGAUAUAAUAAAUUAUGUGUUUUAUCUAUCUA